AUAAUGGCUGUGGGUGAGGCUCUGGUGCAUAUGAGGAGCACUCUCCUGCCAUUCUGGCUGGGGGUGUUUCUGUUUCUGUCUGGGUGUUCCCAAGAUGGACACUCCCAACGCCAUGGUCCCCCAGAAGUGGUGAUUCCCUUAAAGGUAAAAGUCACUAGUGUCAGCAUGAAGUCUCGAGGUUGGUUCUCUUACAGCAUGCGUUUUGGAGGCCAGAGACACGUUGUCCUCAUGAGGGUCAAGAAGUAUUUGCUGCCCAGACACCUCCCAGUGUUCACCUACACAGACCAGGGUGCUAUCGUUGAGGACCAGCCUUUUGUCCAAAAUGACUGCUACUAUCAUGGUUAUGUGGAGGGGGACCCAGAAUCCCUGGUUGCACUCAGUACUUGUUUUGGGGGUUUUCAAGGAAUAUUAAAGACAAAUGACAUGGUUUAUGAAAUCGAGCCCAAAAGUCUUUCUACCACAUUUGAACAUCUCAUAUAUAAGAUGAGCAGUGAGAAGACACCCAUGAGAUGUGGAUUAACAGAUGAAGAAAUAGCACGACAAUUGAAGUUUCAAGAGAACAUUAAUUACACUUCAAUGCGAAUUGGGUAUGAAGGCUGGUGGACCCACAAGCGGUUUCUUGAACUGGCAGUGGUGGUAGACCACAAACGGUAUCUUCAUCGCCAAAGUAACAUCUCAAAUGUGCAGAAGGAAGUAUGCCUUGUUGUCAAUGGAAUAGAUGACUUGUUUAAUUCACUGGAUGUUGAUGUGCUUUUAACGGGAAUUGAGAUCUGGACUACAAGAAACCUCCUUGCAAUAAAGAACAUAGGUAGUCUCCUUACAGAAUUUUGCAAGUGGAAGCAAAUUGAAUUAACUAACCGUUUGCCCCAUGAUGUUGCCCAUAUGUUUGUAAACUAUAGCUAUGGUCUUUAUCUUGGCUUAUCCUUUGUUAAAACAGUAUGUAUACUUGAGUAUAAUUGUGGAGUUGACAGUUUCCGGACUGAUAAUUUGUAUGACCUUUCAUUUAUUGUGACGCAUGAGAUCGGUCAUAAUUUGGGUAUGGAACAUGAUGGUAAGAAUUGUAAGUGUAAGGAUGAACUGUGCAUUAUGCAUGCAGGAAAAGUACAGUCAACUACAUUCAGCAACUGCAGUUAUGUUCAGUUCAUGGACAACACUGCAAAACGAGAUUGUUUAUACAUUACAUCAAACAAAAAGGACAUCUUCACAUUAAAAGAGUGUGGGAACAAUGUGGUUGAAGAAGGAGAAGAGUGUGACUGUGGUUCUUUCCGUUUGUGUGUUCAUGAUCCAUGUUGUCAGUUAAACUGCACUCUGGGACCUGGGGCUGUUUGCUCUUCUGGGCUUUGUUGCAAAGACUGCAAGAUCAUGCCAUCAGGUAGUUUGUGUAGAAAAGAGGAAAAUGCAUGUGAUCUUCCAGAGUGGUGCAAUGGAACAUCCUAUCAUUGUCCAGAAGAUGUAUAUGUACAGGACGGAGUCCCUUGCAUGGGCGGUGGCUACUGCUAUGAAAAGAGAUGCAAUAACCGUGAAGAACAAUGUAAGAAAAUUUUCGGCAAAGAGGCCAAGAGUGCAAAUCAGAGUUGCUACACAAAAAUGAACAUCCGAGGUGACCGUUUUGGUCACUGUGGUAUUAACGGCUCUAGGUAUGUACGAUGUGACAUCUCAGAUGUUCUGUGUGGCAGAGUUCAGUGUGAGAACGUGACAGAACUUCCCCUUCUGACAGAUCAUUCUACUGUGCACUGGACUCACUUCAAUGACGUCACAUGCUGGGGUACCGACUACCAUUUGGGGAUGACCAUAUCUGACAUCGGUGAAGUGAAAGAUGGUACAGCGUGUGGUAAGGAACAAAUCUGCAUCCAAAGGAAGUGUGUCCAUAUGUCACGUCUAGUAAGUGAUUGUUCACCUGAGACUUGCCAUAUGAAUGGAGUCUGUAACAACAGACAUCACUGCCACUGCAACUCUGGGUGGGACCCUCCCAACUGCCUGGUAAGCGGCUAUGGAGGCAGUAUUGACAGUGGACCAUCCCCUAAGAAAAAUAAGGAAGUGGAGAAAUGGAACAGAUAUCAGUUACUAUGUCCUAGGAGCAAUAGCUACAUCUUGUUAAUAACUCGUGAUUAUCUCAAUGGUGUGGUUUUCUUUUAUGACAGAUCUCAGCUGAUACAGUAUUAUCUUAGUAUAAUGGAAAACACAGGAAGGAGUCUGACAUCGGAAACUUUGGAAUUUUUUACACCUCUGCCCUUUACCACCUUAUGGGCAUGA